GACAUGAAUUUGCAUGAAGGAAACAAUCAUCAUUUGAAACAGGAAUCAGAUUCCAAACACCAUAAGGAAAGUGAACAGGAGGUGGCGUAUUGUGCUUUAGAUUAGUCAAAAAGCUACAAUCCACUUAAAUCCCCUCUAAAAUAAGGAAAGCCAUGAACACCAAAAGCAGUUCUUUGAUCAAAGAUGGAGAGCUCAAGAUCAAAGACAGAAGUCAUGAAGCCAUUGUUCUUGAAAGCUGGCAUACCCUUAGCUCUAUCUGUGGCUAGUUUUAUUUAUGCAAGAAUCAUAUCAAGAAGAGUUGUUAUUUCUGAUAGACCUAAGGUAUGUUCUCUUGAAGCUAAUAAUGGUUCUAUUGAAGCGUUUAGAGAUAAUCAGGAAAGCUCUAUUCGUGGCCUUAGCUCUUUAACUUCACCUAUAAAAGAUGAUGAAGAGGCCAUGAUCACUAGUUCUCAUGAUUUGAGCUCAACGGAAAAUUCAGAUAUUACUGCUCAAGAACAGGUAUUAGGCCUAAGAAGCAGAGUUGAGGAGCUGCAAAAGAGAGAGUUAGACCUGGAAAUGAAGUUCCUUAGAUAUCAUGUUAUGAAAGAGCAAGAAUUAGUACUGAUGGAGCUAAAGAACAUGCUGGUACUAGAGGCUGCUCGUUUAGAGUCAUUGGACAGGGAGAUUUCAUCAAUUGAAGCUGAGAAAGAAAGAUUUCAGAAUCUUGUUGCAGACUAUUUUGGAGUUCUUGAACAGAUUGAAUGUGUGAAGCUGGAAAAUAGGCUUCUUCGGAGAAAGGCCAAGAGGCUUUCGAAGAAAACAAUGGAGCAAUCGCGCAUAAUAAGAGAGAAGAACUCGAAGAUUGAUGCAGCAGAAUCAGAAAUUUUGAGUUUCUGUAAUGAAAUAGAAACAAGGUCUAAUGUUAUCAAGAAACUGGAGGAUGAUGUUAGAGAAUUGCAGAUCAUUGUCGACCAAUUGCAGGAGGAAAAUAAUGAACUUCUGAUAGAACUAAAUGCUGCAGAAAUUUCAGCUCUGUCAACAUCGUCAAAGAUUGAUGCAGAAUUUGUACCAAUAGAAGAUUACAAUCAGCUUGCAAAUGAGCUGGAACAACUACGAAAGGAUCGAGCAAGUGAAAAUGCUGAACUAAUUUACUUAAAAUGGGCUAACGCAUGCUCAAAGCAUGAGUUGAUGAGAAUUCAGGAACAUGAAGAGUUUGAUGAGAAACAAGAAAAUUUGGAACUUGAGCUUGAAGCAAGUGAAGAGAAUAGAGAUUGUGGGUCAGAGCAGCAAGAAAAUAAAUCAAAUUUGGUCAGGAAAGAAGUUGACACAGAUGUGGCAACUAGUAGCCAUGAUCAGGGUUGUUCAAAGAGGAAAAAGUUACUCCAUAAACUUAAAAGAUGGGUAGAAGGGAGUGGUGAUCACAUGAUGAAACCAAAGUUGGAAGAGAAAGAAAAGGAAGAAAUCAAGUGCUUUGGAAGGCUCUCUCUUUCAGAAGAGAAAGAGGAAGAUCAUAUAAUUCAUGCAAGGAGGUCUUGUUCUAGUGCAUGAAUUCUAUUUUCCCUUGAACAACAAUAAUCUAGAGGAAUAGAAAAUGGUUAAUUUGAUGGGGAAUGGAUUCAGAUAUAUGUGUAAUCUAACAUUACAGAGACAGCAAAUGUUGUAAAAAUAAACUUAAUACUAAACAUGAAAUACAUGACUUUGCUGAAAAAUAAGACACAACUCAAUACUAUGUAGACAUUUGAAACUUA